UCGAACUCUCUCUUCUUUACUGCCAUGUCAUCCUACCGCCCCGCCGUCUUCCGCCGCAUCACCGAGGAGCAGGAGGUCUCUAUCAUCGUCGACGCCCUCACCCACGUCGUCUCCGGCGCCGCUGCUUCCGGUCUCGAGUUCCGCCACGACGAUUUCCUCCGCCGCCUCCUCCUCCUCCCGCCUUCUACUAACAACGAUAUCGCCGCCGCCUUCUCGGGUUCUUCAGAUUUCGACACGUGUCAAGACUGCAGAAUCAACGGCUGCUUGGGCUGCCACUUGUUCUCCGCCCCCUCCUCCUCCUCCUCCUCCUCCUCCUCCUCCACCACCCGCCGUAUCAGACUCCUGAAGAAGAAUUACAGAGGCGUCCGCCUGCGCCCAUGGGGCAAAUGGGCCGCCGAGAUCCGCGACCCGAAACGUGCGACCCGAGUCUGGCUUGGUACCUUCAACACCGCCGAGGACGCCGCACGUGCCUACGAUGAAGCCGCCAUUAAAUUCCGCGGCGCACGUGCCAAACUCAAUUUCCCCCUCCCUAACAACUCAUCAACGACUUCCACAACCACCUCCGCCGUCAAUGAACUGGCAGUAGCUCCAAGAGCAUCUCCGAUGAAAAUGGAGGCGAAAAACUACACCUUACCGGAGAUUUUCAAGGUUGAUGACGAUGACGAAAACGACAUUCAACGAUUGAUCAAUGACUUUGCAGGCCAUUCAAAUCCAAACCAUUGAGAAAAUUCUUUCAAUUAAUUAGUUUUUUUACAAUUAGUGAAAGAAAUUUUCUCAUAGUCAAAUUAUUUGUUUUUAAACAAUUGCAAAUAGCAAUUGUUAGAAUGAAAUUAAAAAAUUCCUUCUUUUUACUAGAUAUCCAAAACAGUGUAAUCAUGUUAUGCCACGUGUACAAGUAAAAGA